ACCCCAGCCGCCCCGGCUCCUCCUGGACAGCCUGAUAUCGCAUACGCUCCAGACUACGCCAAGUUCCAAGCGCGCCAAGCUCAAAGACUCAAGUCCGAAACCUUGCCUUCGACUCUUCCUGAGGGAUUUCCAACCCAGUUGACGGGCGAUCUGGUCUGGGAUGGAGAAUCAGUUGCUCAAUCUUAUGAUUGGGCGUAUGUUCUGUCCCCGGACCAGACGAAUGAGAUUGAUCAAGCAUUGAAACAUUUCCAAGCUCUCGAUAUCCCUCUUGGUCAGAUCUCUCCUGAAACCUUCCCUCUGCCUCAAUUGCAUGCCGAGCUACGCAAACUUUCAGAUGAGCUCCACACAGGACAUGGCUUCUUUGUGAUUCGCGGUCUCGAUGUUGACAAGUACAGCCGACAAGAGAACAUCAUCAUCUAUGUUGGAAUCUCUUCACACAUCGCAGGCCAACGAGGGCGCCAGGACAGCAAGUUCAACGGCAAGCCUGCUGAUGUCGUCCUGACUCACAUCAAGGAUCUUAGCUCGGGUCAGGAGAAGGGCGCGAUUGGAAGCCCGGCAUACACGACUGACAAGCAAGUCUUUCACACCGAUACUGGAGACAUCGUCUCCCUCUUCUGUCUUGAGACUGCCUUGGAAGGUGGAGCUAGUAGACUGGCCAGCACAUGGCGCGUCUACAAUGAGAUUGCCAAAACUCGACCUGACCUGAUUCAUACACUCUCUCAGAACUGGGACGUUGAAAUCUUCACAAACGCGGACAAGAAGUUUGCUACACGGCCACUUCUCUAUCACCAAAAGGCUACGGCGACGACCCCAGAGAGGGUGGCCUUGCAGUAUGCCCGCCGAUACUUUGUCGGAUUCGGAGCCCUCCCACGAAGCCACGACAUUCCUCCCAUCACUGAAGCUCAAGCUGAAGCUCUGGAUACUCUUCACUUCCUUGGAGAAAAGUUGAGCGUUUCGACCAAUUUCCAAAAAGGCGACAUGCAAUACGUCAACAACCUGGCCGUCUUUCAUGCUCGAGAUGGCUUUACGGAUUCGCCGACCCAACAGCGACAUCUUCUGCGGCUCUGGCUUCGAGACCCAAAGAAUGCAUGGGAAACUCCAGAGGCUCUGAAAUCGCGGUGGGCGGAAUUAUACGAUGGUGUUACGGCAGAGGCUGAGGUUUUCCCGUCGGAGCCUUAUAUCCGG